CAGCCAAAGUGUAUCAUAUUCUUAAACUUCUAACUUCAAAUCUUUCUUUCAAACUUCUAAAUUUGAUAAUACAAUUUGUAAAAAUCUUCAAUAAUAUGACAUCCAUGAAAAGAAGCAGAGAAGACAAUAUGCAAAUUGAAGUAGAGGCCAUGGCUAAUUGUGCCUUAAUGGCGCUUUUGUCUCGUUUCAACAACACUUCUUCAUUAUCAGCUCAUAUUCACAUUAAUGAUUUUGAAUGCAAGACUUGUAAUAAACGAUUUCCGUCUUUUCAAGCCUUAGGAGGUCAUCGUGCAAGUCAUAAUAAACGAUCAAGAUUAUUCGGAGAGUUUCUUGUUCAAACCAACAAAAAGAACAAGAUGCAUAAAUGUUCUAUUUGUGGUAUGGAGUUUUCUUUGGGUCAAGCUUUAGGUGGACACAUGAGGCGUCAUCGUGAUGAAAUUAAUAAAACUACAGCUCAUGAACAGACGAUGAUUCCGAUUUUGAAGAAGUCAAAUAGCAUCAAGAGGAUUUUUUGUUUGGAUUUAAACUUAACCCCUCGUGAUGAUAAUGUUGAUUUCAAGUUAUGGCCAACAACACCAAUUGCAUCUCCUGUUUUGCGAUGCUUUUUUUAAAUCCCCUUCCUUUAGAAUUAGGAAAUUUGCUACCAAUUUGUUAAUUCUUUUAUGAUGAUAUUUAUGUCAAGAUAAAUUUACGAUGAAUUCUUUUUA